UGUCUUCACAUCUUGCAUUCCAUUUAGUGCUAACAUGUCCCCACAAAGCCUUUGCUACCGUCUGCUGCUUCUCGUCUUGCAUUUUGCAUUCUCGUCCAGCAGAGCCACCGCCGGCAACGUCUCGGCGAUCAUCGUUUUCGGGGACUCGACGGUCGACACAGGCAACAACAACUUCAUCCCCACCGUCGCGAAGGCCAAUUUCCCACCAUAUGGGUGUGACUUCGAUGGGGGCGUCGCCACUGGCCGGUUCUCCAAUGGCCGCCUUGUCACAGACUUCGUUUCAGAGAUGUUGGGGUUACCAUCAUCUGUGCCGGCCUAUCUCGACACCGGCUACACGAUCGACCAACUCGCCACCGGUUUGAGCUUUGCUUCUGCAGGCGCCGGGCUGGAUAAUUUAACAGCAAAAUUCACAACGGCAAUAUCCUUGAGCCAGCAGCUGGAGUACUUCGAGGAGUUCAUAGAAAGACUGAAACUCGCAAAGGGGCAUUCCGUGGCCGAUGAGAUCAUCUCCGAGGCUCUGUACAUCUUCAGCAUCGGCACCAACGAUUUCAUCCUGAACUACUUCGCCCUCCCAAUUCGCCGCGCCCAGUAUACCACGCUGGAGUACGUCGCCUACCUCAUCGGCCUCGCCGAUGCGGCCGUUCGUGACGCCUACCGCCUUGGCGCCCGCAAGAUCGGGUUCACGGGCCUCGGGCCAUUUGGGUGCAUACCUGCCGAGAGGACGCUGAAUCUCGACGAGACAGGCGGUUGCAACGAGGAGUACAACCAGGUGGCCAUGCGAUUCAACGCCGAACUGCAGGAUGCCGUGAGGAAGCUCAACCGUGGCCUCGCCGGCGCGCAGGUGGUGUACGCAGAUACCUACAGCGUGUUGUCUACCAUCGUUGCCAACCCGUCGGACUACGGAUUUGAUGAGAACGUUGCGCAAGGUUGCUGUGGCACAGGACGCAUCGAAACAUCGGUCCUUUGCGGCUUGGAGGAGCCACUGACGUGUCAAGACCCGAAUAAGUAUUUGUUCUUCGAUUCAGCUCAUCCGUCGGAGCGGGCCUGCAAGAUAAUAGCUAAUGACAUUCUGAACUCUGCAUUGCGAGUAUUCCUUUGAAGUCUUUGUACCUCCAAUAUUUCUAAUAUGAAAAGGCAAUAAAAGACAUGAU